UUUAAGGUUAUAAUUAUGGCUUGAUACAGAAUGUUAUAUUUAUAAAAUACCAUUGUUUUCGUUCCGAAAAGUAACAAAAUCAUGUAUAUUUUCAAUCCUCUUCAUCUGAAGACUUAAUAUUUUAUCGUAAAAUUAGUCGCGAGUUAAUCUGUUUGUUACGAGUCGUGGAUCGUGAACCUUAGUUGUCUCCAACACAAGUGCCAAAGUAAAAUACCAGUGUGAAAUUUUUAUUCCAGCAAUAGAAUUAUUAUGUUUUCAUUGGAUUUAAAGAACGUAUAUAAGUAAAUCUGGUUUUAAAUCUAGAAAUAAUGGAACAAACUGUAACGACUUCUCAGGGUAGCGAAUCCGAUAGAGAUUGUUCAGACAAUGAAUUUUGUGAUGAAUAUUAUAACUCCAACGAUGAUUUUGAUGUAGAACAGGUAGACCCGAAGAAAAAUGAUCCUGAGUAUUUUGAAUUUAAUUGUCUUUUAGAAGAACAGGUUGAUAGGCUUUUGAACGAAACUGUUGAAAGUCUAAGUAAUAAUCUACAAAUAUCUCCUUCUCUUGCAAAGGUUUUAUUACAUAGCCACCAGUGGAAUAUACAAGAAGUUACUAGAAAAUUUAAUGAAAAUUCUAGAAAUACACUUAUAGCAGCUAGAAUUGAACCUUCUACACCUCCAAGUAAUUUACUUUUGACUAGAUAUAUCGGUUGCCCAGUUUGUGUAACUGUUCAACCUUUAGAUAAAUUUUAUAGUCUAUCUUGUGCUCAUAUGUUUUGUAAAGAAUGCUGGACAAUGCAUUUUAAAGUACAGAUAAAACAAGGCAUUUCUACAGGUAUAGCUUGCAUGGCUAGAAAUUGUAUAGUGUUAGCACCAGAAGAUUUUGUUUUGAAACAGUUACAACGUCCCAGUUUGAGGCAAAAGUAUCAACAGUAUUCAUUUCAAGAUUACGUGAAAUCUCAUCCUCAACUACGAUUUUGUCCCGGUCCAAAUUGUUCCAUAGUCGUACAUAGUAAAGAGAUAAAAGCGAAAAGGGCAAGUUGUAAUCAUUGCAAAACUAUUUUUUGUUUUAAAUGUGGAUGUGAUUAUCACGCACCCACAGAAUGCCAAGUAAUAAAGAAGUGGUUAACGAAAUGUGCAGAUGAUAGUGAAACAGCUAAUUAUAUUAGUGCACAUACAAAAGACUGUCCUAAGUGCCACAUCUGUAUUGAAAAAAAUGGUGGUUGCAAUCAUAUGCAAUGUUACAACUGUAAACAUGAUUUUUGUUGGAUGUGUUUAGGUGACUGGAAGUCACAUGGUUCAGAAUAUUACGAAUGUUCUCGAUAUAGAGAAAAUCCCAAUAUAGCACAUGAAUCUGUACAUGCUCAAGCUAGAGAAGCGUUAAAAAAAUAUUUGCACUAUUACGAGCGCUGGGAAAAUCAUUCCAAAUCAUUAAAAUUAGAAGAACAAACAUUGGAAAAGAUGAGGUUUAGAAUUAACCAAAAGGUUAUGUCAGGUUUAGGAACAUGGAUAGAUUGGCAGUAUUUGUUCACUGCGGCAAGUCUUCUUGCUAAAUGUAGAUAUACUUUGCAAUAUACUUACCCUUAUGCUUAUUAUAUGGAGUCAGGGUCUCGAAAAGAAUUGUUUGAAUACCAGCAAGCUCAAUUAGAAGCUGAAAUAGAAAAUCUGUCAUGGAAAAUAGAGAGAGCUGAAACUACGGAUAGAGGAGACUUAGAAAACCAAAUGGAUAUUGCUGAAAAACGUCGUGCUACUCUUUUAAAAGACUUCUUACAUGUGUGAUAUCGUUUAUAGGUGUACAUAAUUUAUUUAUUACCUUUUUAAUAUAUUUACAGUUCUGUCUUAAUCAA